AUGUUGUCGAUUCUACCGAUCUUCAUAUCAUUAGUGACACUUUUAAGUUGCGUAUGUGAUUCGCAUUGGUUCAUCGAUGUUCUUGACGACGAAGCAUAUACUGCAGUGAAGCAUAUGCUCGGGAAAUCAGACCCUGGCUCAUAUGUGAUCCGUCUAGAUGAGCCUUCCUAUCGUGAAUACGUUUUGCCUGGUAAUCGUCAUUUUAAAUCUGUAGUUUUGUAUGUAGAUUUGGAUAAUCCUGACCAUCUGAUUAUAUUGGAUAUAUAUCGUUUGGCAGUUCGUCGUUUACAUGAGGAUGCUGGCGACUACCCAGAUGAAACGGUGAAUGUUUUUUCUACACCAACAUUUUUCUUUUACCUAGACGUUUCAGGGGAUGAGUGUGAUUGGAUAUUGUAUGUACAUCGCAUUGAAUAUGUCCCUGAGCUUUUGCGCUUCGGUUCGGGCAGAUCCGUCGUUGGUCACCGAAAAUUUUUGACCGAUAGUUUGAAUCGAUGGUUGCAGACGAAUACACCCGUUCUUCGUUCUUGGACUCCUGAAGAGAUGUUCGACUUUAUGAUCAAUUUUUUUGUGUUGCCAUAUCCAAGUCGCGAUGAAUCUCCAAUUUCAACUACGCGGGCUUUGUUGCUUUCACUUAUGUCUCUUGUUGUUUUUAACAUUUGGACGAUGUUGUUAGUAUUUAUUGCAUUUUUGAUAGGUAUAUAUGCGAUAAUAUAUCGUCCCCCAUGGUUGUUUCUCACCGCUUCGUUGACGCUGUAUGCUGUAAGCUUUACGUGCCUCAUAUCUGCUAUUGUGAGCUCUAGGAGAUAUUCGGUCAUGGUGACUGAUUGUCCGUUGUAUAAUCCUAAGUGUCUCAUACGGCGUUUGUUUGCCGCGUCAUCGAAAUCACAGUUUUUGCAUGAAGGGGCUUUAGUGCAGCUCUUGUUUCUAUGCCUUUCGGGUUUGCUUUUUGCGUUGACUAAAUGCGUGGUAUACGGUUAUAAUAAAUUAAGUUUGACCGUCAUUUUACCAACUAUGAUUGCAAUAUUGGCGUUUUUGUUCCACAUAUUCGACUAUAAGGAACUUCCAUAUUCGUUGGAAAUGAUCCCUUCGGCACCACUACCACGUGGCUCUAUUGACAAUGAUCGGAAUUAUGUUUUCUGA